GAGGAGUGAUUGAUACUACAACUGUUAUCGGUCUUUUUUAUAGCAUUUGAAUAGUCGCCACAUCUGUAAGGAAAGUUCAAGCAGAAAAUAUGGCUGGAACUUGUAUCUCAACAAUUAAAUUAUUAGGGUGGGGAUCACUUGGUUUGUUAACCACAUCUUUAACUUAUCAAUCUGCCUAUCAAAUCCCGCAGUUUAUAACCAAGAUUAAACGUGAAGUAACCUCUUCACUGACUUUCCAGACACAAUUGAAAGACGUGGUAUGUUCUAUAGUUGGGUCGAGAUUUGUCAAUAUUGCAUUGGGGGUAUUGGCCACUGGAUUGUUCUCGUUGGCAUACGAGUAUAGUCCUCUUGAUGAGAAACAUCCAUACUUGCUCUAUUCAGCAAUUGGUGCACCAUUAACUAUCAUCGGUCUUUAUGCAAGAGUAUACAAGUAUGAAAACAGAAUGUUGAGCAAGAAGCAAACUUCAAUUAAGAAACAAGAAAAGUCUAAACCGGAAGUUGUGCCUGAAGAGCAAGACGAGGAACCAGAAUUAAUUUCCAAGGUUUCUUCCCAAGAUGACCAAUUGGGUAAAUCAUAUGUUCAUCUUUCUGAAGACUCUGGUACUUCCACGCCAACCUCAAUUUCAUCUCCAGAAAUAAGAUCGAUCUCUCCACAACCUGUCCCAGUAGCUGCAAAGUCUGAACCUGCUGAAGUAAGUAUUGACGAAGAAGUGGAACAAGCAUUGGCUAAGAAGGAAGUAAUUCACGAUUUGACUAUCGUCAAGUCUGAAUAUACCAUUGGUGUUUCCAUUUCCGCUAUUAGUUUAUUGAUUGCCUCCAUUGGUAUAUUUGGAGAUUUCUACUUGUUGUAAAGAAAGAGGCAAAACUACAUUUGUCUGCUUCAUUCCUGAUAACAUUGAAUACUUAACAGCUGAGAUAUAAUAAUCAUUCAUGAAAUUAACCUCUGUUGUUUCUCUUGGUACGUGUCUUUAUGUUUAUAUCAUUUUGUAACUUUUGAAAGCGUUUCAAUGUUAUAAUACACAUGAUCGUUUUAACUAUAGCUUGUGAUCUGGGGUAACCCUUGCUCAUAGGUACACGACCUCUUGCU